UGGCUGGGUGUGUUUGGCGCCAAAUCGAGGACCAGAGUCGGAGGCUGGGGGCUGGAACUGAGGGAGCCAUAGGAGAGCAGCGGCAGAAACUCCGAAGAACGUUUGGCUUGAAAGCGAGCGGUUGACAAGGCCGCAGGACCGGAGUGCGUCCGCCAUGUUCUGCGAAAAGGCCAUGGAGCUCGUCCGCGAGCUGUACCGGGCGCCCGAUGGGCAGCUGCCCGCCUUCAACGAGGAUGGACUCAGGCAAGUUCUGGAGGAGAUGAAAGCUUUGUAUGAACAAAACCAGUCUGAUGUGAAUGAAGCAAAGUCAGAUGGACGAAGUGAUUUGAUACCAACCAUCAAAUUUCGACACUGUUCUUUGUUAAGAAAUCGGCGCUGUGUUGUGGCAUACCUGUAUGACCGCUUGCUUCGGAUUAGAGCACUCAGGUGGGAAUAUGGCAGCGUCUUGCCAAAUGCCUUAAGGUUUCACAUGUCUGCUGAAGAGACAGAAUGGUUUAGUCGUUACAAAAAGUCUCUUGCUACUUAUAUGAGGUCACUGGGAGGAGACGAAGGUUUGGACAUUACGCAAGAUAUGAAACCUCCAAAAAGCUUAUAUAUUGAGGUGCGUUGUCUAAAAGACUAUGGAGACUUUGAAGUUGAUGAUGGCACUUCAGUCCUAUUAAAAAAAAAUAGCCAGCACUUUUUGCCUCGGUGGAAGUGUGAGCAGCUGAUCAGACAAGGCGUUCUGGAGCAUGUCCUGUUAUGACCAUAUGCUGCAGGCCUUGCCAGCACAGCCCAUGCUGCAAGGCUGCACCCAACUCAUGAAAGUUCCUGGAUUUCUCUCUCUCCUCCUACCCCCUUCCCCCCACCUCUUUGAUUUUAAAAGUUACAGACAUUCUUUAAGCGUAACCAGCAGUUAAGUGGCUAAGGAGUAUGGUUUGCUUAACCGUUAAGGAUUUUUGUUUUCCCAUGAUGAACAUCAUAUCUCCUUUUUGUAAUGAGCUGUAUCAUAACUAUAGCUUUCCUACAGUUUUUACAAUGUGCUGUUUUAACGAAAGUAAAUGUUUGUUACAUUCGAAUCUAUUUUUUAAAUAACAAAGAGUUUAGU